CAUUACCCAGAAUCCCCGCCGCUCUGCCCACAAGCUGGCUCUCCGCUCAGGGAGUGUUUCCCAUUUAAACAAACACGGUCCUGCUGAAGAUGGCGGAGAGUUUGUAGAGACGUAAAAGAAACUGUUUCCCUCAAUGAAAACGUCGAAGUCGGAGAUGACGGCACACUGACGUCGCCCGGGGAACCUGGAUGGCGCUGAGCUGGGGAUUCUACACACCGAGGAUGUGAUGACGUCUGAGUUUUGAUGUCAUCUUUCUCCACCGCCGCAGAGGUGAGCCGCAGGACAGGAAGGAAGGAAGUAAAGAAAAGAAAGAAGGGACCACAGCCCGAGGCGCUGAUAUGCUCUGACGAUGAGCGGCAUCGGAGACAACUCAUUGGAGCCGCUGUGCUCGGACCGGAAACGUAAACUGUCCACCUGCGACACACCAGGCAUAGGGUGUGACAAGCGUCGACGGGAACAGGAGACCAAGUACAUCGAGGAGCUGGCUGAGCUCAUCUCCGCCAACCUGUCUAACAUUGAUAGCUUCAACGUGAAGCCUGACAAAUGUGCAAUCCUCAAGGAGACCGUGCGGCAGAUCAGACAAAUCAAAGAGCAAGGUAAAAAUCCUUGCAAUGCUGAUGAUGUCCAGAAGGCGGAUGUGUCCUCCACUGGUCAAGGGGUCAUUGACAAGGACCACCUGGGACCACUGCUUCUACAGGCUCUGGAUGGGUUUCUGUUUGUGGUGAACAGAGACGGCAGCAUCGUGUUUGUGUCGGACAAUGUGACGCAAUACCUGCAGUACAAACAAGAGGAGCUGAUCAACACCAGCGUGUACAACAUCAUCCAUGACGACGACCGGGAGGAGUUCCACAAAAACUUACCCAAAUCAAGUGUACCAAACGGGGCAUCAUGGGCGGGAGAGGCACCCAGACAAAAGAGCCACACAUUCAACUGUCGCAUGUUGGUGAACUUGGUCCACGGGUUGUCAGAAGAGAGGACCGGCGGUCAGCGCUAUGAGACAAUGCAGUGUUUUGCGCUCACCCAGCCCCGGGCCAUGAUGGAGGAGGGGGAAGAUCUCCAGUCGUGUAUGAUCUGCGUGGCGCGACGCAUCACAGCGGUCGAGAGGACAGAGCGGUUUAGCACUCGCCAUGAACUGUCUGGUAAACUUAUUGAAAUUGAGCAGCAGAGCACUCUUCACACCACUAUGCGUCCUGGGUGGGAGGACUUGGUGAGACGCUGCAUGCAGAUGUUCCUCAAUCGAAGCGAAGGACAACCAUGGUCUUACAAACGCCACUAUCAAGAUGCUGUCCACCACGGUCACGCAGAGACUCCACUGUACCGAUUCUCACUCUCUGAUGGCACCCCUGUCACGGCCCAGACCAGGAGCGACCUCUGCAGGAAUCCCACCACCAACGAGCCCCACUCUUUUCUAUCCACCCACUUGCUUCAGAGGGAGCAGAAUGGCUAUCGAGGAAACCAGGUGGGAGGCAUGAGGCCCCAAGCCAUGGGGGUGAACAACCCCAGCCAACAGAUGGGCAUGGCCUAUGGAAUGGCUGACCAGGGAAACUCGGCCCAAAGAGGAGUGCCUCCUUACUCUGGGGGCAACCGCAUGAAUCAGAUGAAUCCCAUGCAUCAGAUGAAUCCCAUGCAUCAGAUGAACAACAUGGGCCCCAUGAAUUCCAUGCAUUCUAUCAACUCGCUGAACCAAAUGGGGCAGAUGAAUCAGAUGGGACACCAUGGCAUGCAUCAGCAUCAGCACCAGCAUCAGCAGCAGCAUCAGCACCAACACCAGCAUCAGCAGCAGCAUCAGCAUCAACACCAGCAUCAACACCAGCAGAUGGGUCAGUUCCAUGGAGGUGGACCUGGAUGUGGAGGAUAUGGGAUGAGAAUGACCAGUCCCCCACAGGCCAGCCCAGGGAUUAAUGCCCCCACACACAAUGUCAUGGGUUCGCCUCGAGUCAGGGGAAGUCCCAAGAUGGGUGCCAGCCCCUUCUCUCCUGGAGGGAUGAACUCUCCCAUGAGCUCCGGUCACCCGGGGAACUCGGGAAGUGGGACCACCACCUACUCCAGCAGCUCACUGAAUGCUCUCCAAGCCAUCAGCGAGGGUGUGGGCAACCCGUUGCCCUCCCCUCUUACCUCCCCCACCACACACAAGCCUGACAGCUCACCAGGUAUCAAUUCCACCAACCAGGCAGCCGCUGGGCCGUGCAAGCCCAGCCUCCCACCUCACUGCGACUCCAAGAGUCCGGGCAGCUCCAUGGGGCCACCGGGGGACCAACAGUCUCAGCAGCACUCCCACACGCCCACCGGCGACUGCCCCCCCGACAAGCCAGACAGCCAGGCUGGCAGAGAGACGGGACCAAAUAUGGGAGAGUUAAAUCGACGGGUACCUGACAAAAGCCACAAGAAGCUUUUGCAGCUCCUUACUUCUCCGACAGAUGAUCUGGCACCUCCUAACCACCCACCAAGCUCCAUGCCGAUGGAUGGAAAAGAAGGAACAACGGGUGUCACCAGUCCGUCCUCCUCCAGCGGCGUGUCUUCCUCUACAGGCGGGGGCCAUGGCGCGGUGUCCUCCUCGGGCAAUGCGGGCCACUUUACAAGUCAGUCACUCCAAGAGAAGCACAAGAUCCUCCACAAGCUCCUAAAAAAUGGGAACACUCCAGACGAGGUGGCUCGCAUCACAGCCGAGGCCACUGGGAAGAGUAGCUUAGAUUCCGGCAUGUCCGAGGUCGGAACGGCAUCCGUGGGGGGAGGUAGAGGAUCAGAUCCAAAGCAGGAGCAGCACAGCCCCAAGAAGGAGAAACCCCAUGCACUGCUUCACUACCUCCUCAAUAAGGAUGACACAAAAGAGGGUGUAGAUAUCAAACCAAAACUGGAAGAGCUCGAGGGGAGAGGAGCUCAAGGGGCAGGAGUCUCCAGCUCCGAGUCCCACAGCAUGGACAGCAAAGUCAAGCUGGAGCCGUCUGAUGAGACCGAGACCCUGGAGACCAUCCUAGGAACCAGGAGUGUCUCGGCAUUCUAUCCGGAGCCCGAUUCCAGGUCAGGGAAAGAUGCGGGAAACAAACCUGGAAAUCUGCCUGACGGUUUGCUUGAUGGAGAAAAGUGUGCCAUGGCCCCAGGUCAGCAGGGGCCCUACAAAAGAGCCUUGUCCAUGGAUGCCAAGUCGAUGGGUGGGGAAGUGGGAGUUGGAGGGGGCUUGGCCGGAAGAAGGAAUGUCCCCUGUCCCACACUCAUAAAACAAGAGAACAUGGACGCUCCGAUCCGACCUGGGGGUGUUCCCAAUGGCUUUCCAGGAGGCCCGGGAGUGUGCCCGCCACGAGGCAAUCCAAGAGGCAUGGGUAGAGGGAUGGGAAUGCCACAGCGCCCUCCAAUGGCGGGGCCGGGAGAUUGGGGGAUGGUGAGAUCCAACGCCCACCCCAUGACUGGACCAGGUCACCCCGGUCGCUCCGGCCCAAUGGGCGGACCCAUGAUCAACCGCUCCAACAGUGUGCCGGGAAACACCAGGUCCAUCCUGCAGCAACAACUCAUGGAUAUGGGUACCAAUGAUGGCAAUAUGGGCAUGAGUCCAUUUGGCGGGCACGGCCCACCACCACACUCCCCUUCUUGGCCGGACUCCGCCAUCGGGAUGGAACGACCGCAGACCAACGCCAAUAGGGAACAGUUUGGCAACCCGCUGGACGACCUCCUCGUUGCGAGCAGCGAGGGACCGAGUGAUGAGCGGGUGCUUCUGGAUCAGCUGGACUCUCUACUCAACACCGCUGACAUUAUUGCGCUGCAGGAAAUAGACCGAGCUCUUGGCAUCCCUGAAAUAGUGGGCCAGACCCAGGGACCGGACGGCCAGGAUCAGGGACCGUCUCAGUGUGCCCCAUCAGAGCCUUUCUCACGACCGGACUCAACCAUCGGCAAUGAGCAAAAGCCCAUGUAUGGCCAGGGGUACCCCGGGCCACCCGGACCGCCCUCGAUGGGCAUGCAGCCUGCUUACGGUGGCAAUGCGGUACCGGGCCAGUCUCCAGCAGGAUUCAACCCCAUGAUGAAUCAGAUGGGCCAGACGGGAGGCUUCCCGGGCAUGGGGGGCAUGGGAAAUCCCCGUGCCAACAUGAUGAGACCCCGCAUGAUGACGGCCACCAAGCCCCUCAGACUGCAGCUCCAGCAGAGGCUUCAAGGACAACAGUUUAUGAACCAGACCCGCCAAGGAAUGAAGAUGGACGCCACCCCUGGAGGAAACCCUGCCAUGCGUGCCGGCAUGCGGCCUGGCAUGCAGCCGGGCAUGCAGCCUGGCAUCCAACCCGGCAUGCAGGCUGGCAUCCAACCCGGCAUGCAGCACGGAAUGCAGUCCGGGAUGAGUGGUCAGCCGGGUUUCCUGAAUGCUCAGAUGAUGGCCCAGCGCAGCAGGGAAAUGAUGACCAUGCAGAUGAGGAAGCAGCGGAUGCUGAUGCUGAUGCAGCAGCAGCAGCAGCAGCCGCAGCAACAGCAGGCGCAGGCACAGGCGGCAGCAGCAGGAUUCAGUCCCCCUCCCAAUGUGACUGCCCCGGGAGGGAUGGACAACGCCAUGGGAGGUCCGGCCAUGAGCAAACCAGGACAGCCGGGAUUCAACUACGGAGGUAACUAUGGGAUGAGCCAGCAGGGGGAGCCAUCAUUUCUGGCCCCGGGUAGCAGCCCACCGGGAAACAUGAUGGCAGCGCGGAUGGGAGGUCCUUCUCAGAGCAACAUGAUGUCAGGAAUGCAAGGAAAUCCCCAGGGAGGGGCCAUGUACCCAUCGGGAGACAUGAAGGGCUGGCCCCCGGGGGGAAUGCCUCGCAAAAACUCGUAUCCCCAGCAACAGUUCCCACAGCAGAGCAACCAGGGCCAGUUUGGGAACAUGAUGAUGAACAACUCCAUUGGCAGGCCCGGUGCAGUCGCUGGGGCCGGCUCGGCACAAAUGGGCCAGAUGCCGGGCCAGAUGCAGGGGCCCAUGCCGGGCCAGAUGCAGGGUCAGAUGCCGGGGCCCAUGCAGGGUCAGAUGGGCAUGAACCCCAUGGGAAUGGGUCGCAUGCCAAUGGGUCCGGAUCAGAAAUAUUGCUGAGGACACGUGGGGCCCUUGCUAGGAGGGGCCCGAAGAUGGCCCUGAAAACACACACAUUCUCCAGCAUCAAACAUGACACCAACAUAAGACAACUCACUGCUCAUCCAGGAGGAAGUUUGCCCCGAGGAUAGCUGUGUGCCAGGUUUUAUCUCCAAUUGAAGCCUUGUGUGUGUGUGUGCACGUGCGUGUGCACGUGUGUAUGACUGUUGAGCAGAACGGGAUGACGGUACAACUGUCUCUGGCUGCACUUUAACCUGGAGGUUUCUGUAUGGGGGGGAAAAAAAAGGAUUGACGCAAUAUUUCCUCAUCUCUACAGCCUUUCUGAAAUAUCGAUGCCUUCAUAAUUUUGGAGCAAUAACGUGUCUGUUCGUUUCGACUGUAACUGAGCAUCUCAACCUCUGUUUUAGGCAAACAAACGGUACUGCAGUAUUAGAUGUCUCAAACAUCGUCUGUGAAUACGAAUUGUAAAUAUUCUGCAAAAUAUAUCAAACAUGAUUUUAAAGGCCUAUUAUUGCACAGAGAGUCAGACUUGCUUGUAUUUUUGUGUCCAGUAGGUCAAAGCUCAUUUGGUUGGUUUGUUUUUUUUUCCACCCCCAAACCUUUCCAAAUAUUACAGGUCUGAUGGGCUCUCCCUUCCCUUCUUUGUCGUCUCCUUUUUUUUUUUUUUUUUAAACGCUGUAUUUUUGUAUUCUCUGAAAAUGUGUUUAUUUCACGUCUUAGUGAGGCACUUUUUAAAUGUGACAUGGAUCUGACAAACUGAAGGUUUGAGUUUUAUUGGAAGGGUUUUUCUGGACUGUGGGUCACGUAAAGAUAUUUUAUUGGGUGGCGUGCGAGAAGGGCUUUGUGUGUGCGUCUGACUUGCAGCACCACGAACACAACAACAACAACACUUGCGGUCCUCGCAGUCUUCUCCUUCCUGCUCAGUUUCCAUGGAGUGUAUUUUUUUAGCCAUUUUCGUUUGGACUCCGAUUCUACCUUUUCAACAUGCGCAAUCCAAAGAUAUUUUUCCACGCAUCUUUGUAUAGUUUCUAAAGGUUUCUGGUGUACAUUUGAUGAUGUGCGUUAUUUUAUUCAGAUGGUAAAUGGGUACAUAUCAUAGAUCUGUCAGCACGUAUCCAUCAGGAAAAGUUUUUCAACCCAAACCAGAAGACUCCACCUCAAGACAUAUCAAUAGCUCAUCUAUUUUUUUAAGAAACAGCUUCAUUUUAUGGCCAGAUUUUGUUACCUUUUUGGGGGGGAUAACUUUUUAAUGUUUGAAUGAAGUGCAAAGAGAUGCAAGAGAUCCUAUAGCUGUGUUCUCUUUGAGGUAUGAAAAGCUGUCAUUUUACAGGAUGUAUAUUACAGAUUUUUUUCCCCAGUUGAUGUUGAUAUUGAUGUAAAUACAAAUUUCUAUUUAAACACUCUGAUUGUGGUCCUCUGAUUAUCAGCGGGCACAUCACCUGGUAUAUUAUGUUUACAAAAUAAACAAAGAAAACCACUAC